UACUAGAAGCGUUGGUCAGCGGCGGGGCGGGGCUAGCGAGCGUACGCGCGACGGGACCCCCCCUCCCAAGGGCCUGUGUUUGGGUUGCGCAUGCGCGCGGGCUCUUGGGUGGCUGUUGGUACAAGGCAGGUUUGGGGCCACGGAUUGGAACAUACAAAGGAUUGGGCUUGGAAUUUUCUGCUUACGGAAGGCAGAGCAGCUUCUUUUUACUUUCUGCCUUAGAAGAAACUGAUCUUUCUCUGCUGCUUGACAUCUUUGCUUGGAGAAAACAGAUCCUCCCUCAAUAAUGCAAAAAUGCAGUUGAUGUUACUCUUGGACCUUUGUAUUUGUUUUGGGCAGCAGCAACCUGGUCUUUAAUUAAUUUCAUACUGUUUGUCUUUAUCUGUCCUUUUAAAGGGGCAAACAUAUUUUCAGAACUUGAGUCUUUCUUUUAGAGAUAUCAUUGACCAAAGGAAAUGGAGGAAAAGGAGCGAUGUGAGGAAUUCUAUUUGACACUGUGAUAUUGGAGCCAUGUAAAAUAUAUAUCAAGGGAAGAAAAGGAGAAGGGCAGAAGUAUACUAAGGACAAUUUCUUUGCAAGCUAAAGAAGGCAAGAGAAUAGGGGAAAGAAAGAUGAUCCACAUCUUGUUACUUUUGCAGCCAUCAAAUAAAGUGAACUGUUAAAGCAACAAGACUUCUACUUGGAUCCAGUGGAGUUGCUGAUAAAGGAUUUAUUUCUUCUUUGCUUGUCUGACGUGUGGAGAAACACCGUAUCGUCUCGCAUCUUCACUACUUAUAUCACGGGGGAAAAUGAGUUGUGUGCCAUGGAAAGGUGACAAAACCAAAUCUGAAGCGCCGGAAACACCACAACAAACACCAGUGCGUAUUUAUCACGAAAAACAACGUAGGGAGCUGUGUGCUCUCCAUGCUCUCAAUAAUGUCUUCCAGGAUGGCAAUGCCUUUACGCGAGAUACAUUGCAGGAAAUUUUCCAGAGGUUGUCUCCCAACACUAUGGUGACACCACACAAGAAGAGCAUGUUGGGAAAUGGGAACUAUGACGUGAAUGUCAUCAUGGCAGCUCUUCAGACCAAAGGUUAUGAAGCCGUUUGGUGGGAUAAGCGCAGGGAUGUUAAUGUAAUUGCCCUCUCUAAUGUGAUGGGCUUCAUUAUGAAUCUCCCCUCAAGCCUCUGUUGGGGUCCACUGAAACUUCCUCUAAAACGGCAACAUUGGAUCUGUGUCCGCGAAGUGGGAGGUACCUACUACAAUCUUGACUCUAAACUCAAGGUGCCUGAAUGGAUUGGUGGUGAAACAGAGCUCAGGAAGUUUUUGAGGCAUCAGUUACGAGGAAAGAACUGUGAACUUCUAUUGGUGGUGCCUGAGGAGGUAGAAGCACAUCAGAGUUGGAGAGCUGAUGCAUGAUCUGCAAAUUCCCUGCCCUUGCACUACAGUACUGGUCCCUCCCCUCACCAACUUCUAAUGUCCUGUAAUGUGGAUAAUGAGCACUCUUAAUUCCUUUUCCCUGGAAUUCUGGAGGGUUAUUGUCUCCAUUAUGAAGGUGCAAUAAGGCAUCCACAAGUCAUUGUCAGGGCUAGCAUGAAAGGAAAGAGUUGCUUCAAUGCAUAAAGGGAGAAGAGGAGACAGAAGUCUGCUCUGUGCUGUUUAACUAUAAUGCAUAGUGUGAUUUAGGAGUGAGGUGUUGGAACUUCCCCCUACUUCCCUUUUCUCCUCCAGUCUUAAAAGACUUUAUAGCAGGUUGAACACUACUGUCUUCAGGAGUCCCCAAAGCUGGAUAGGGUGGCUUCAGAGAAGGGCUUGAACAAGAAUUUCCUUCCAUAUCCAUGUCUCCCUCCAACACCAAACUACGUAGAAGAAAUCUGCAAAUCAUAUGGGUCUCUCAGGAAACUCUAGAUAUUCUUAGCAAUGGUAUGGUGCUUGUGGACUCCUUUUUUGUAAUAGUAAUUGUGCCAAGAAUUAGGGGAUAUGUAGACAAAAUGGGACCACCGUUGCAGAACUCUACAGGAGUCUAUGGGGUUCUUUUCUCAUACUCUUUACUAUAACUGUGUCCUUUUAUUGGUCUGAGAAUGCAAGACUGAAUCAUUUGGAAAAGAGAUAAUUGAUGCUUAUUUAAAAGCCUCAAAUAUUUUUGUUAGGUGGGCUAGAUGUAGCCUGUGUUUAUUUUUCUUGUCUGUCUGUCCUGUAAUUCAGGGAAAAUACUCACUGUGCAGGGAAUAAAACUGCAGGCUGUUUGAAGAUGGGAUCAUGGGAUGAAAAGGAAGCAGUCAAGUUUCAGUAAGGUAGAAAGCUGGUGGAAAGGUGAAUUUUAAUUUUGAAAAGGAUUUAUGGGGAACAGGCUCUAAACGUUCCCCAUAACAGGCUCUAAACAGCUCUGUGGCUUCUGUAGUUGAGACAGUGUGUAAGUAACUAUGGGUGUGAGGUGGGAGCUAUUUCCAGGUCGACAGUGUUGCAUUCUUCUUGACUGGCAACCCACUCUACUCACCAAAUCAGUGGUGGAUGAGCAGAAGACUUCGUUAGGGAAUUUAUUUUCCUUGUCGCCUUGUGAAGGCGUUGGGCAUCGUUUAUUCUUGUUACCAGAUGAAAUGGCAUUGUGGCUGAGCUUUCAAUCUAUUAAUUCCUCCUUGAACCCAACUUGUUCUAGUGUUGAAUUUUUAUUACUGCUUGUUGCCAGCUUCAUUUACAAUAGCGUUCAAGGAACAGAUAUAGGAUUCAUGGUUCAGCAUUUCAUGUAGGGGGUGUUUAGCUUUAAAGGGGGCCUCCAAGGAUCUCCAGCCUAUCUGUUCUGAAUGCGAGCAAGAUACAACCCUUUUAAGCUAGCACUCCAAGUACCUAUCCUCCCCUUUCACAGUUCAAUACCAUGUAAGUGGCAUCAUCUUGUUUACUGGCCUCUGGAUCACCUGCAGGCACUAUAGUGGAAACCCAAGAUGGCUGUUCUUUGCAUGUACUACAGUCCAAACCUAAUACUUCUAUUUCUACAGAAGCCUCCCCAUUCUUCUGGGCCACACAUUCCAAUGACCAAAACCAGCUGGCAGAAUUUGUACACAUCUACACACUUUUCACAAGCAGAACACCAAGCUUGCAGUUCUGCUUCUAAUUUGAAGCCAUUUUUUUCAAAUGUUUUAAAAUAUAUAUAUACUGUAUCAGCAGGAAAGACUAUUCUCUACGCUGUCUAAAAUAGCACUUUGGAGAGACUGUGUUGCAUGGAACCCAAUGGACCAGUGCACAAUAUGCAAAUCUUUUGAAAACCUAUGGCUAUUUCUGUCCUCUCUGUGUAUUUAUGCCAUUGAUCUGUCCACAUGGAAAGUGAUGUGAUUCAGCAGCUCAGGUAAAGGGAACAUGGGAUCACACACACCCGGACCAGAGUUAUGGCAAGAGGAGACAAACCAGCUCAGUUCCAUUGCUUGGGAAUGGAGAAGCCCAUAAUUGUUUUCUUGCUUGUUUGGUUUUGUUAUAGCCUUGUCUUGGGUUUGUUUACAGAGAUGUAUUUUGUUUAUCCAAACAUUAAAAAUAAGAAAACUUU